AUGGGCUGUUUCACAAGUGUCAUCACUUCAACUCAGGUCUGUGCUCUGGCAGUAUGCAGUAAUGGCAAGUACAUCGCUAGCGGUCAGCUAGGGUCCGAAACACAGAAGGGCCAAGUAGCAGCAGUUAAGGUGUGGUCGGUAUCGGCCAAGGAAGAUUUCCUUACCCUACCCGGGAUCUGUGGCAAAUGCACUGGCCUCGCCUUGAGUGCUGAUGGGAGGUUCCUCGCCGCAGCAGGCCUGAACCAAAUGCUUAUAGUAUGGGACGUGUCCACUGGGGGAGAGCAGGUCGCCAAGAAUGGCCUGGUCCGUCAACCACCUGCUGUCGGGCAUUCAGAUCUAUGCACGUCGUACAGAACAGCUGUGCAGAAGCAAGCCAAGUACAUACUGUGUACAGCACAGGACAGUCUAGUUAUGAAACACACAAUAGAGUUCGAUAUCUCCCAAAUGGGGUAUGUGAUGAGCAGCAGCGAUAAGAUGCAGAUGCCUGGUGCCAUUGCCAACACCACCUCCUGCUGCUGCUUCACCAUAGCCGGUUUGCAUCAGGUAUACCGUGCUAGUAUGCCUUGCUGUAACGGUACGGUGAGGGCCCUGGCUGUGAUUGGAGGGUCGCUCUAUGUAGCGGGAGGUGAUGGAAAGAUACGAUCGUUUGAAGGGUCGGAUGCUCAGUGGCAUGUUAUGGCUGAGAACGCAGUAGAUCCAGUAGUCGGGACAGGUUCUGAUAUUCUUUGCCUCACCCCAUCGCCCUCUGGUAAGGACCUCCUCGCCACAUCAGCUAACGGUAAGCUAUGGCGCAUCGACUCCCGCUCGUUGGAUGCAUCCCUAAUCCAGUCCAGUAUCACAGGAGAGGUUACCUGUGUGGGCUUCGGUAAAGAGGAGAGUAAGUAUCUAAUGUCGGGCUCCUCCCUAGGGAGGCUUGUCUUAUGGGACCUUGGUCAGCUCAAUCCUGUCGCUACUGCCAAGAUAGCGUGUUCAUCCCUGUACGUGGUGACAGGCGGUGGUCCAGGAUGCUGCGCUGUUCGGGUAUGGCAUCACCAUACGAGAGAGCUCCUUAUCCAGUUCCAAGAGCAUAAUCCAAGGACCUGCCCUACCGGUGUUGUUGCCGUCUUGGUGGACGUAUCAGCUCCGCAUAUUGUCCACAGUACCGCGGGAGAUGGCCACAUCGUGAGCUUUGAUUUGAAGGCUGGAAAGGCGCAAAUCAAGCACACAUGCAAGACAGGUGGUCCAAUCAGUGGUACGACCCAGCGACUGGACUCCGAGAAUGAGCUCAUCACUUGCCACGUGGACGGCCGUCUUAUGUUCUGGGAUAUCGACUAUGCUGAACCUGUAGCUGGCCUACGGGCAAGUGUCUUUGAUUCAGCAUUCGUGCCUCGAGCGCCCCGGCUCGCCUGUGUGACGAUAUCUCCCGAUGGGAGGUAUGUGGCCGCUGGUGCGGAGGAUGGUGAGGUCUACAUUUUUGACUUGAAGACAUCAGAGCAGCUGCCACCGAUUGAGAGCCCCAGUGGGCAUUCUGCGGCAGUCACUGCAUGGAAUUGCAUUCAGCUGUCCGAUCGAUUUGCUGGUCACCAGAUGGCCGUCAGCUCGCAACCGCAGCUAGGGAUCAGAGCUUGGGGUUGUGGAAUUUCUAUGAUGAGGAGGCUCAUCAUGAGGAGGAGAGUGGAGUGGAUGAUGAUGGGACGCACUCCGGAAGGAGCUGAGGCUGUUGUCAUCGAACAUGAGCAUGCUGAUGUGUUUGAUCCAUGA